AUGUCUUUCAUGGCAAGUUCUUGGGAAAUGCUACAUUCUAGAGACAAGAUUGUGGAUUUCGGUUACCCACAAAACACGGACUCUGCAGUACUCAGGGCUUUCAUCACUCAACAAGGUGUGCGCACUGCGACAAAGGACGAGCAGUCGCAGAUAACCUCUCAAGUGACUGGACAAAUAGGAUGGAGGCGAGAGGGCAUAAAAUAUCGACGAAAUGAGCUGUUCCUUGACGUCAUUGAACACGUGAACUUGCUUAUGAGCCAGCAAGGUCAAGUACUCUCUGCCCAUGUUGCGGGAAAGGUGGCGAUGAAAUCAUAUUUGAGUGGAAUGCCCGAGUGUAAAUUUGGUAUAAAUGAUAAGAUCGCUGUUGAUGCAAAAGGAAAGGGAGGCAGUGAUGAGCCAAACAAAGGGUGA